AUGGCAAUAUCUGAGUUCUCCAAAAUAUGCAUGAUCUGCAUAGUCACAUUGCUCUCUGUGGCAAUGGCUUCACAACAAUCCCCACAACCCUCACUCACAAAUGACACCAUCCCUGCAGAUGAUGAGCUGAUUUCCCUAGCUGCUGCUUCGUCUCCAUCACAAUCUCCUUAUGCCGAAAAUCUGGCUCCCGAAACUGGAGCUCAAGAGCUUCUCUCUCCAGACUACUCUCCUUUCCCUGCUCCUACUUACUUCCAAGAUUACCCUUCUCCUCCUCCUUACAUUGAAGCUCAGGCUCCUGAAAGUUACUAUGCUUUUUACAGUCCCAUUCAGGGUCCAAGUCUAGCACCGUCUUCCGAACGGGCUCAAUUUUCGGAUACUGAUGAUUUCACUUCUCCUCCAAACUUGGCUCCUCAGCCCAAUGUGUUGCCUUCCAACUACAGAGCCGAUGAUGAGAUUGGUGAGUUCGGUGAGCUAGAAUCUGAUGAAGCUUAUAACUCUGAGCAGAAUAAGAAUAGGGCAACAAUGGCGGGUUUUGCGCUUGGGUCUGUUUGCUUGGUUGGAUUGGCAGGUUUUGUGUACAAGAAGAAGAAGUACAGCAAGUCAAAAGCAGAUUAUGAGUAUGAAUUGGCUAAGAGAGAGGAUCUCUAG